ACUGCCAACAAUGGCAGCACGUGUUAACAUGUUGUUGUGGUUUAUUGCGAAGUUUUAAUAGCGAUUUUUAAAUAUUUAAGGGUUCAUGACGCCCUAAACCCACCGUUUCACCGAAGAAAUAAAAUAAUCAAACGCUACGAAUCGAGAAAAUCGUUUAAUAUCACCAUCAAGUGUAAUUUAUUGCACUCCGAUUGUUGCACAUGCUCCAUUUGACAAUAAGCAAGAAAAAGAUGUUGAUGAAUUGAAGACUUGAAACAUAACCAAAAAGACAGUCAAAUAUGGAAGAAAAUGUUUUGGGCUACGAGACCAUAGAUGAGGCUUAUAGCUUGUUACAGAAUGGAAUUCUUGUUGAGACUGGCAAGGGCGUGGUUUGCAUGUCUUUAAAUGACGCAAUAUCGUCAGGUCUGAAUUUAUCAGUAGAGGACCUGAAAAAAGUCGCAAAUGAGUUAAUCUCGCAACAGAACGUUGGAAGCAAGGACAAAGUUUGUGUAAAGUCGUCCAUAAACCUCGACAGUGAUGGGUUCUCCAGUGAAUGUAGUGAUGUGAGCGUCACUUCAACCCCCAGCACCUCCUCAAGCUAUAUCACAUUCACGUCACUAUCAAACUCGGAACUGACAACCACAAAUGUUACUAAAGACACCAAAAUUGUUACUUUUCUCCCAGUCAAGUCUUUACCUCCUGAUUUUAAAUCAGAACCAAAAACAGUUAGUAGUGAAGUUGUCCCCAAUCCACCUGUUACCAACAUUGACGUUCACAAACCCCCAAAAAGGCGCGGGGGAUGGCCCAAAGGCCGGAAACGCAAGCCGGAAUUGAAGAAUUUACCGCCGAAAGCACCCGCGACUGGAUAUAAUCUCUAUCUUAAUGAACAGCGGAAGUUGUUUAAGGACAGUAAACUGGCCUUUCACGAAAUUACCAAAGUUAUUGGGAACAAAUGGUCGAAUUUGAGUUUAGAGGAGAAAAGGCCCUAUUUGGCCAAAGCCGAGGAGGACAAAAGGCGGUAUAGAGAGGAACUAAAACAGUAUAGGCAAUCAGACGCAUAUCGCGCGUAUUUGGCGAAAAAGCGGCGGAAUCGGUUACAAAACAACGUGUUAUCAGAGAGCGACAUGGACGCCACUGAUGAAAUAGAUGAGGAGGAUAACGAGGAGUUGUACUGCCGAACGUGCGACCAGUGGUUCCACAACCUGCACAACAAACGCGAGCAUUUACAGGGCCGCCAACAUACCCAAUCGGUGGCAGGUGACAUCAAACGCGAAUUGGACCUCUCGGCGUCCGAUAGCGGCAUUUUUAGCACGUCUUUGGACGAGUCGAGCCUCGACGCAAUGCCUAGCAUAUCAAAACCUGAAGAAAAAUCAAACUCGGUGUCUGAUUCCAUGGUUAAUUUAGUCGCAGCAGUUGCGAAGCGGGAGAAAGAAAUCAAAUCGUUGCAAAGGAAGCUUCAGGAGACAAUAAUGGCACAAAGUGCACUCUGCCAACAAUUAAAUGCGUUAAGACAAAGGCACUGUAAACUGAAAAAUGAUUUGAGUAGUUUGAAAGAACACGAGAGGAACAUGGAAGCGAAAGUGGCACAGUUGUGGCAAGUGCCCAGUUGGUUCAUUAUCACGGAUUUCAAUACCGAAACGUCGGAUUUUAAUGAAGAAAACAAGUAACGAGUUUUAAUCAGAAGAAUUUUAAGGUUAUGGGUUAUUUGUUUUAUAUUUAUUUAUUGUUGAAUUGUACAGAUUGAACGACAGGUACUGACCGUAUAUCACAGGAUUUAAAAAUAAAUAACCGCAGCUGAUCCUGUAUUUACAUUAUUUAUUUAAUAUUGUAUAAAAAUGAAAUAAAUUGAAGGAUAAA